AUGUCGUUGUCUAUAAUGAUCUCGUUGAGACAACUUUCUCGGUCAUUCGCAACCAGCGCUAGACCUGUCGCUACGUGUUCCCUUAGAUCACGUGGAUUACAUACAAGCACAGUUCAUUUUAAUGAAACCCCUUCUACCACAAUUGAUCCAAGUACAAUUCCUAAAACUCCUGCUGAUCUCGAAGGCAAGGUCAGCGCUAGUAUAAUCGAAUCAUUGAAGCGUAACAAUUUCAAUACAUUAACUCCAAUUCAACAACUUUCUUUGCUUCCCCUUUUAAAAACUGAAAAGGGUAUGGUUUGUCGUGCUAAAACCGGUACAGGUAAGACCCUUACGUUUAUCAUCCCAACUCUUGAAAGCGCCAUCGCCAGAAAGACCCCUGGUGUUGACACUUUGGUGGUAGCACCUACCCGUGAUUUAGCCCAACAAAUUUUCGAAGAAUAUCUCAAAGUUAUUUCCAAGUUACCUGCUAAAGUCCGCAAACCUCGUGUGGCUUUAAUCACUGGUGGUAGAUCGGGAAGAAUUAAUUUGAGAGACCCUGAAGCUAUUGUUAUUGCCACCCCAGGUAGAUUGGCCGCUGAUCUAGACAACCGUUCUGCUGCUGAAUUAUUUGACUCUCUUUCGUUCAGAGUUUAUGACGAAGCCGAUAGACUUUUAGACAUUGGAUUUGAACCUACUUUAGAUAGUAUUCAUGACAGUAUUAUGAGAGUUCGUGCUAACCCUGAUAAGCCGUUGAAGUCAUUAUUAUUCAGUGCUACCAUUGAUGACUGUAUGACCAACUUUGCUGUCAAGCACAUUAACCCAAAGUAUGAUUAUAUUAACACCGUUGCUGACGAUGAACCAAAUGUUCACGAAAACAUUCAUCAGAUCUUGGUUGAAUGUGAAGAUGCCAUUGAUAAAUACCAGACCGCCAUUUCAUACAUUGCCGAUGCCGUGCAAGAAGAACAUUUCCGUGGUAUUGUUUUUCUUCCAACCAAGACUUCUGUUGAUUGGCUUGAAGAUUACUUGAAACAAAUCAGUCAAGCUGGUAUUGCUUCUGAGCGUAGAUUGUUUGGCCAUAAGGGAGAAGCGCAACUUCUCAAGAUUCAUGGUGGAAUGACUGUCAGCCGUCGUGAAAAUGCCCUUCGUAUGUUCAAAAACUGUCCAAAGGGUUUGUUAAUUGCCACUGAUGUUGUUGCUAGAGGUAUCGAUGUUAAAGAAGUUACUCAUGUUUUCCAAUUUGGUGUUUCUGACGACCCUCUUGAUUAUGUUCAUAAAGUUGGUAGAACCGGUAGAGCGGGUAAGACCGGUAAGGCCGUUACCUUUUUAACGACGAGUGAAAGACCCUAUACCAACACUUUAGCCAGAAGGGCCCAAGUCAGCUUUAAGGAAAUGAUUAAAUCCAGCGAAAUUCACCAAUACGAUAUCUACAAAGUUCAAGCUGACUAUGAAGAAACCAAGGAAUUUAUGUUACCUAAUUUCUCUUUCUUGAUCCAAACCUGUGAUAAAUACAGAUUAAAUUUAAAUAAAUUAGUUGAAGAAAAUAUGGAAUUCUUCCGCCGUGUUACUGGUGAAGCCGAUGCAAAAAUUAGAUUAUCUGGAUUUAUGAAGGGUUCAUUAAAGAGAGUCAGUCGUGAUAUCUCCGAUGAAUAUUUCGUUGGUGGUGGUGGCGGUAGUGCUGGUGGGUACCGUGAUGGUGGAUAUUCCAGAGGCGGUGGUUACAACAGCGGAAGACAAGGAAGUUACGGAAAUUACACCCGCAGUGACAGAGGUGGUUACAAUAACAGAGGUGGCGACAGAGGAUAUAACAAUAGAGGAGGAUACAACAGAGGUGACAGAGGAUCUGGUAAUAGAGGAGGUUAUAAAAAGGGAUAUGAAAGAUCUUCAAGGAACCGUGAUGACUUUGAUGACCUCUUUGGUUAG